UCCAAUGGGCUUUGGCGGCGGUCUCCAUCAUGAGCCUUCGCUUCUUGUAGGCACAAGAUCUGUGCAACACACGAUUGGCUUUGGCGACACUCGCCUCAACGAGCAUUCUCUUCUUGCAAGUACCAGACCCGCGUUGCGCAUGGAGAUGAUGGGCUUCGACGUUCAUAGCCUCCAUAGGCGUGUGCUUACUGGCACCGGAUUCGUGCAUCGCACGGAGCUGAUUGGCUACGACAUAAGUCUCUUUAGGCAUACACUUCUUGCAGGCCCCGGAUACGUGUCACGCCUCAACUCUGGCACAAGGCAAAUGAUGGAGUCAUCAGGCACAGGCAUGACACGUGAGGACAACCGAGCGGCGGCGAGAAAUGAGUCCAUAUUGCGGCGCAUGAAUAGGAUGGUUAGGAUCUUGGAGGACGGGAGAAGAGCCCGCGCUGACAUCCUUGCAGCUUCUCGUGGUCGUGGGCGGCGAGGUGGUGGCAACCGGACACUGCCAGACGGGUGGAACUAGCUAAGGAAAUGGAUCAUGUCUGUUGACUAAUAUCCUCCGACAUGAAGAAUAAAUCUUAGUUGUGCCUUUGCUUUGCUAGAGUUUAAAAAUAAAUGGUCACCGGACCAAUGUCAUGUUUUACUACAAUUUAUCGU